ACAAGAGAAAUUAAACACUUAACUCUUGCACAAAGUGCAAGAGUUCACAAAAACACUAAAAUAUAUUAUUUUUGUUCUUUUAGUGUGUAAACUGAAAUUAAAAAAAUGUAAAUCAAGAAAGAAUUCACCAUGUCACACAGUGCAUACAACAAUGAAUGGCUGGAUGCACAAUCUGCUAUAGAUGAUCUGCUAGAGGUGGAAUUACCACCCGAACCGCCAAAACCCGAAAAAGACCGCAUUGCAGCUUUUCAACAUUUGUCAGUUUCAUACAUUAAAUAUAUACAAAUAUUUCGAAAGCUCGAAGAGUGUUAUGAUCAGAUUGUUCACCCACAAAAACGAUUAGUACUACGUCAUGUGUUGGAUGGUGUCAUGGGGAGGAUACUAGAACUAAAGAACAAUAUGGUCAUUUUAGAAUUUUCUGAAUAUCAUUAUUUUGACGAUGUAUUGUCAGACUUGAAAUUAACUCCUAACGAUAUUGAGAUUCCUAUUCCGAAAUAUUUCAUACAUGAAAAUAAACAGGCUUUGAAAGAUCGUGAAAAAAUGCUGAAUGAAAUAUUACAAAAAACAAGACCACAAGAUUACCAAGCACAACUAAAAGAAGAAAUUCAUAUGACAAAGGAAGAAGCGAUUAGACUAAUACAGAUUCAUGAACGAGCAAGGCAGGGGAGAUUACGAGCAAAAUUCAUGAAAGAAAUACGAAUGCAAGAAGAAAGAGAGAAAAUAGCUGCAAGUCGAGGAGCACCUACUCUAGAUCGAGAUGUAGCUGCAAUUGCAAUACAAAAGGUUUGGAAAGGUUAUAGUACACGAAAAGCAACCAUAAAAAUGAGAGAGGAAGAACUGAUUUUUGUUGGGAUGAAAGCUGAACCUGAAAAGGAAUACGAAGCCCGUCCCAUGUACCAUGCAGAUAAAGUGAAAGAUCAACGUCGUGUCACACAACAUGAACAUGAGAGAGAAUAUCGGAAAGCGUUAGUGUCUAUCAAAGACAAGCUGCGCGAAGUUGAAGGACCAGAAAUGCGUGAAAAUAUGCAGGAUCAGAUCAGGCAGUGGUUUAUUGAAUGCAGAGAUGCUACAGGUAAAUUUCCAGAGUACCCUUCCGAAGAAGAAGGUGGGUCGGUAGCAAUAUUCAAAGAGAAAGAUCCUGCAGAAAUGGAAGCAGAAGCCAAACAAAAGGAAGAAGAAAAAGCUAAAGGGAAGGGAAAAGGGAAAGAUAAAAAGGGUAAAGAUAAGAAAGAUGGUAAAAAGGAUAAUAAAAAAGACAAGAAAGGAAAAAAAGGGAAGGGUAAUAGCGAAGAAGAAGCUGGCAUCGUAUUUGAACCUUCAGUUUUUGUGCCAACCAUAUCUGAAACGCACAAAACCUACAAGGAAGUUUGGCAGAAGCGUGACGAAGGGAUGAAUUUUUCGCAAAAACAUGAUGCAGAACUUAUCAAAGAACAAAAAAGGACGGAAGUUGAAGAGGAAGUUCGAGUACAGGUAGACGAGUUAAUGAGACAAGAAUUAAAGAAUUUAAAAUUAGCUGUGGAUCGAGAUAAAGGUAAAAAGGGUAAAAAAGGAAAAAGUGGUAAAAAGAGCGGAAAGAAGAAAAAGAAGGGUAAGGGUGGAAAGAAAAGUGGAAAGAAAGGUGGAAAAAAGAAGAAGAAAGAAAAGGACCUUACUGCUGACAGAACAAUCGAGUCCCUUUAUGAAGAGCUUGUUCAAGAAGGAAUUCUGGUUCGGUAUCCAAAAGUUCAGCUACACGAAUAUGUUGGAGAGUAUAGCUACCUUGGAACAACUUUACGGCAAGCGAAUAUUGAACCCAUGCCUUCGUUAUCUGACGUGAGACGGGUCGUCACAGAGUUUUGUAUACUGCCACUUGGUUCUCAAAUCGUCCACGAGAAAGCUCCAUUCAUCAAAUCUGUGAUGAUAGCUGGACCACGUGGUUGUGGCAAGAAAAUGCUACUGCAUGCUGUUUGUACGGAAACCGGAGCCAAUUUAUUUGAUUUGACUGCAACAAAUAUCUUGGGAAAAUACCCAGGAAAAGCUGGUCUAUCCAUGAUGUUACAUAUGGUUUUUAAGGUUGCCAGGCAACUUCAACCUUCAGUUGUUUAUAUUGGUGAUUGUGAAAAGACCUUUCAGAAAAAAAUACCCAAAACAGACAAGACUGAUCCGAAGCGGUUAAAGAAAGAUUUACCAAAACUUUUGAAGGGUAUGAAACCAGAAGACCGCGUUCUAAUUGUAGGUACCACACGAGAACCGUUCAAUGCUGAAGUAAAACCGUUUUGUAACACCUAUCAGAAAUUAAUAUUGCUGCCAAGACCUGAUUACGCUUCAAGAUUUAUUUUAUGGCCGAACUUAAUUAAGAAAUAUGGCGGCCGUAUAACAGAUGCCAUUGAUAUAAGUUCAUUAGCUAAGGUAACGGAUGGUUAUACGCCGGGUCAUAUGGUGACAGCAAUUAAAGCAGUGCUGACAGAAAGGAGAGUUAAACAAUUGUCGAAGAAGCCACUGACCGCAGCAGAAUUCAUUCCACCUUUGGCAAAAAUCGAACCUAUAUAUAAAGACGAAGAAGAAGCUUUCAAGGUUUGGUACGCAAAAACUCCAUUAGGAAAAAAACGCGCUAAAGCUGCGAAGGGUGGUGACGAAGAUGCAGGUGGAAAGAAAGAUAAAGGGAAGAAAGGAAAAAAAAAGAAAUAAUCCCUUUUUUAAUUCCAUAAAAUUUGUAUAUAUAUACAUGCUAGAGAGUUUUAUUUUUCCAAUCUAACUUUAUCGUUUGUAAUAUUGACGUGGCUUAGAUAAUAUAGUAAUAUUAAUAAUAAAUCAUUUAGCAUCAACAGAAAUCUUUCCAUUUCUGGGUGUCACGUAACCCCCAUUGUAUAACUUAAUGUUUUUUUAUAAGCAAUACAAAAUUUAAUGUUGCUCAGGUUUCGAUACUUUACAAGCUCAA